GUAUUAUAUAGAUAACGUAUAUAUUUGUAGCAAGCAAGGCUAAUUCUCUCAUUAGAAUCAUUUAUGAGCUCACCAGUUGUUAAAUGCGGAAGAAUGUAAAUAGCUAAUAAUAAUCUAGCUAUCUUCUAUAAUCACCCUUGAUUAUACACCACCAUGACUUCAAUCCACACUUUUCUGUCAAUUUCGACAGAAGAGGAGAAUGACGAAUACGUAGAGUUCACUGACUAUUUCGGUUCUCAUGCGUUCUUAUCCCACGUUUGGACUAGAGAACUAUCUGAUAAAGAUACCAAUAAGCAAUUGUCACAUCUGCCACCUUUUAGAGUCACAGAUGACGACGUAAUCGAAUUUCAAACUCAGAAACGCGUCAAUGGCAGCACUUUUGUACCGACGGGGAAGUAUUGCAGCUGGAAUAAACUAUCAGAGCUCAAUCCAGGCGUCGUAAAGCCACAACCUAGACCGGAACAGUUUAAGGUUAGAAGCGAUGAUCACACAAGCACGACAAGCCAAUUUAAUAAAAGUUCGUCCCCAAGGAAGGAUAAUAAGGAAUCGGAUAUCCACGUUUCUCCAACGAAAUCUAGCGGUGCUUCUCGAUGGGCCACAUCAACCAAGACCCAGACGGUAGGGCAGAUGCCUAAGGAUAUACCUAACGGUGCAGCUAGAGAAACCCCGAAACAGCCAUCGCUUAUAAGUCGACUCAACAACGAUCAACUUGGAAACACACCAGAGAAAUCAACCACGAGGAGACGAUCUAAUGGCCAAACCAAUAUUCAAAAAGCUGCUCCACCUCACUUAACCCAAUCUACUGCAACUAUGGACAACCAUAACAGAGUGCCUGAAUUACAAAAGCGAGCACAGCUGCCACACCCUCAAAUUCCGUCUCAGCUCAAUCCAGAUGCCUCUCAGUUCAACUUUGGAAGUGUUCAAAAUAGAAGGAGCUCCCUAGGAAGCAGAAGAAAUCGUCAAAAUGAACAACAGGGAGACAAGAAUUCUGACAUACUUAAAAUCAAGAAGGAAAGUAUACCAAAAACUACUCCGGAUACAAACACAUCCUUGUGGGCACCAAAACCUGCAAGUACGUCAUUACAUGCACCUAAUCCAUCUGUGGAAGCGGCUGAGACAAAGGUUUCAACAUCGAGACCACCGAAGUUGCCUCCAACAGGGCCUAGGAAGUCUAAUACCGACAGAAAGUCGUCUCUUAACAAAACUGGCAAGCCUAAACAUAAUGAUAUUGGUAUGGGAAAUGCUCAUGGUAGUGCAAAUACGUCAACUACCAACGGACCGGACAAUGGCCAAGUCAAUGCGCAUGCAAAUAGCAAGACAAAUGGUCAUUCUAGAGGACAUACACGACAAAGUUCAGUCAAUGAGCUGCUUUUAAGAUUGCGGGCUGCUACACUCGCAACGGAUCAAGAUGGUGCUUCUGGCAGUGUAACUGAACAAUCACAAUCACAAUUAGAACCGAUAAAGGUAGUUCCACCUAGAAAACCAUCUCAAUCACGUCAACCAUCGACAGUACCACCAAAUAAGACGUCACAGCUAUCACCACCAAGUAAACCGUCACAGCUAUCAGAACCAAGGAAACAAGCACAUAUACCAUCAAGCAAGCCAUUUUUUCCGCCUCAAAAACCCCGUCGACAGUCUUAUCAAAAGGAAGCAGCUGUCCUAUCGACAACAGCCAGCAUGCAUGCUCCACGCGAUCAAUUGAACACUCGCAAGCCAUCAUAUGAUGGUAAACCUACUCCUUUCCGUUUUGCAGAACCACCAAAAGCACCUCGCUCAAUGCGUAAAGGAAAUGUACUACAACCUCAAGCAAAGCCAUUUACGCCUGCUCAGAGACCAAUUCAGACUGCAGAAUCUUCUCGUCCAGUCAAACAUCAACAUAAGGAUCCUAACCUUCGUCACAAGACAUCACUCACUAGCAAUAUAAGUUGGGCAGAUGCAGAUGAUGGGAUGGAUCUACCUGAUAUCUCCGCACUUAAUCGUUGA